AUGGUUAGUCUGGAUAGAAUAUUAUUUGCGUUAGUGUUAUGUUUUUUUGGGUAUGUUCUACAUCUACCAUCUGGUUUUGCUGCACCUUCACAACGUAAUAAUGAUUAUCCAAAAGAGGACCCGAACGAUUACUGCAAAAAUCCAAAUGGAUAUAAACAAGACAUAUGCAAACUGUAUUGUAACAAAACACAUACAAUUAAUAUCUCAAUUUUGCCAUCUCCAUUGGAUCAGUUGAAUAAAACUUUGAUUGGUCAGUUACAUGGUUUCUGUUAUGGUUUUUGUUAUCGAAACACCACGUGCUUCUGUGGAUUUGCUAGUGGCCAAUUAAAUGACGAUCUUUCGAAAAAUGAUGUUGGAUCAAUCAGUCUUGGAACAACAGCUUUUACUUCAACUGUUGUUAUAGGUGGCAAAAAUAUCACUUUAGCUGGACUUCUUUGUGAAGAUCCUAGGUAA